AUGGACUCUGAGCAACUGAGAGAGUACGGACAUCGAAUGGUGGAUUUCAUUGCCGAUUAUUACAAAACCAUCGAGACUUUCCCUGUCCGUAGCCAAGUUCAGCCUGGUUAUCUUCAUAACCUAUUGCCUGAGUCAGCACCAGACCACCCUGAAACGGUGGAACAAGUUCUUGACGAUGUUAAGGAGAAGAUAUUGCCUGGAGUAACGCAUUGGCAAAGUCCCACCUUCUUUGCUUAUUACCCUGCUAACAGCAGCGUUGCAGGGUUCUUGGGUGAGAUGUUGAGUGCUGGUCUUGGAAUUGUUGGUUUUAGUUGGGUAUCUUCUCCAGCUGCCACUGAGCUCGAAAUGAUCGUUCUUGAUUGGCUUGCAAAACUGCUCAACCUGCCAGAGCAGUUUCUCUCCAAAGGAAACGGAGGUGGAGUCAUCCAAGGGACAGCUAGUGAAGCUAUUCUUGUUGUUUUGAUUGCUGCCCGCGACAAGGUCUUAAGAAGCGUUGGAAAGAAGGCGCUUGAGAAGCUUGUUGUCUACUCCUCUGACCAGACACAUUCAUCUUUACUGAAAGCUUGCCAGAUAGCAGGAAUACAUUUAGAGAAUUGCAGAAUGCUGAAAACAGAUUCCUCUACAAAUUACGCUCUGCGUCCAGAAUCUCUUCAAGAAGCUGUUUCUAAGGAUCUUGAAGCUGGAUUGAUUCCAUUCUUCUUAUGUGGCACUGUUGGAACAACUUCUUCAACAGCAGUUGAUCCACUGGCAGCACUGGGAAAGAUUGCAAAGAGCAAUGAGAUUUGGUUUCACGUGGAUGCAGCGUAUGCUGGAAGUGCUUGUAUAUGUCCAGAGUAUCGACAGUACCUUGACGGAGUAGAAACUGCAGACUCUUUUAAUAUGAAUGCUCACAAAUGGUUCCUCACUAACUUCGAUUGUUCCCUACUUUGGGUGAAGGAUCAGUAUGCUCUCACUGAAGCUCUUUCAACAAAUCCAGAGUAUCUCAAAAAUAAGCCCUCUCAGGCAAACCUGGUUGUUGACUACAAAGAUUGGCAAAUCCCUCUCGGAAGAAGAUUCAGAUCAUUGAAACUAUGGAUGGUUUUAAGGCUCUAUGGAGCUGAGACCUUGAAGAGCUAUAUAAGAAACCAUAUCAAACUGGCUAAAGAUCUGGAACAGCUGGUCUCUCAGGAUCCUAACUUCGAGGUUGUGACUCCUAGCAUCUUUUCUCUGGUUUGUUUCCGUAUGGUACCUGUUGAUAACGAUGAAAAGACAUGCAACAACCGAAACCGCAACCUCCUAGAGGCAGUGAACUCUUCAGGGAAACUCUUCAUUUCUCACACUACAUUGUCAGGAAAAUUCGUACUACGUUUCGCCAUAGGAGCACCAUUGACGGAGGCGAAGCACGUGAAGGAGGCAUGGAAGGUUAUCCAGGAAAAAGCAUCAUACUUGCUUGCUUCUCAGGUAAAAUAA